ACAGAGGCAAAAAGAAGUGCAUACGAUUUCACCACCAAACAGGCCACUUCCCAGCUAUGCAAGGAACUGCAUGCUGCCUCAUGAACAUACACGAGAGGCUUGACCCCAGCGACAGUGAAACGUGGCUUCCUGAGGGACACCUCAAGGACUGGGUUCAAGUGCGCCAUGAUUGUGCUUCCAACAUCCUGCAUGAAUGUGUACGCCUUCAAACCCUCCAUCUCAUACCGUUCUUUGUACAUGAUGGAAUGGACAUAGAUGAAAUGGACACAUCCGGCCUAACAGCUCUCCAUGUAGCUUCUAAAACCCUCGCAAAAGAAGCCAUUCAAAUGUUACUCCACUGUGGAGCAAACAUUAAUCUCACCGUUCCAGUGACUGGACAAGCCGCGCUUCAUUUCGCCACCCAGUCUUCGUCGUCCAAAGGCGCUAUCACCUUAGCAGCAGGGGCAGAGUGUGUUGAGCUACUGCUGCAGAAUGGGGCACAGGUGCACAUGCGAGACAGAAGUGGGAGGGAAGCGAUUCAUUUUGCUUGUCAAGGUGGCAGAGAAGAUCUAGUUACUCUCCUGCUCGACUAUGGGGCAGACAUCAACUCCCUAACAAGCCUGCAAGAGUCUCCACUUUUCCUAUUCCUUCAAGAAAAGAAUAACCUAAGACAGGCCCAGUUACUGGAUAAGCUGCUCAGCCUAUCAUACCCUCUGAAAAUAACUAAUGCUGAAGGCUGUCUACCCACAGGGUUUAUCUUUCCCUGUGCCGAACGACUGAAAGACGCCCUCCUGAGAAUGACUUUGGAUGUCUUGCCCCUGCAGGAAAUCUGCAAAUUCAACAUCAGGAAAAUAUAUGGAGAAAACAUGAAACUUUGGAUGGAAGUGAAUCUUCCAACCGACCUGUGGAAGUCCAUAUAUGUUGACCAAGAAUUCUCAUAUGCUUCAAAAACAAAGGCCUUUAAUUAAUGUGCACACACACAUUCAAGAUCACCACACUAGCCAAAAAAGGCAAAAACAGGCCACUAUGAAACUGUCCU